AAAGGGGCAAUUCGAAAUCUCAUAUUCAAAUCAGACACAGGAGAGGGACGGAAGAAGUAUACGAUCUUAACAAAUGGAGGAAGAGAUGGCUGAACAGAUGAAGCCUCUGUUAACCACAAGUGAGAGCAUCAGGUCUCCUUCGUGUGGUCUCGAUGCGAUGCAGGACUUCUGGGGAGACAUUGUGAGGAGCACCAGAGCAACGACCAGGAAGGGUAACGAUGAUGAGGCGGUAGUGGAUCUGGGAAAGACUAACUCCACGAUCAACACUAAUUUUGAGAAGGAGGAGCUUGAAAGCCACAGGGCUGUGUAUGUGGGAGUCCACGUCCCUCUUGGAAGACAGAGCAGGAGAAGACAUCGUCACCGUGGCCACAGACACCACCGCAAGCGCAAAGACCGCAGCUUGGAGCGUGAGGAUGGGAGAGAGUCGCCCACGUACGACACGCCCUCGCAAAGGGUGCAGUUCAUCUUGGGUACUGAGGAUGAUGAUGAAGAGCACAUUCCUCAUGAUCUGUUCACCGAGCUAGAUGAGCUGCACUUUCUGGACGGACAGAUAUGUGAGUGGAAAGAGACGGCCAGGUGGCUGAAGUUUGAGGAGGAUGUGGAGGACGGUGGUGAGCGGUGGAGUAAGCCGUACGUGGCAACGCUCUCACUGCACAGCCUGUUUGAGCUUCGCAGCUGCAUCCUCAAUGGCACCGUCAUGCUGGACAUGCGGGCCAACACCAUCGAAGAGAUUGCAGAUAUGAUCAUAGACAGGCUGGUGGCAUCCCAGCAGCUGGACGACUCUCUGCGGGAGAAGGUGCGUGAGGCCAUGCUGAAGCGGCACCAGCACCAGAAUGAGAAGAAGCUUAGCAACCGCAUCCCGCUUGUGCGCUCCAUCGCUGACAUAGGCAAGAAACAUUCCGACCCGCACUUGCUCGAGAAGAAUGGAGAGGGUCUGUCCGCUUCCCGCCUGUCCCUUCUGAGACGCGGCACAUCUACAUCCAUUCCCCCGACUCCUCACUUGCACCGGGAGCCCAGAGAGUCUCACAGCUCUCGCAGCUCCGUCAUCCUCGACCUCCGGCAGCCAGGCCCCGUCUCCCUGCCAAACGCCUCGCCGCAGAACUCCCCGUUUGCUCUCUGCCGCUGCUCCCUGCCCCCACCUGGAACUCCCCUGCAGGGCCCAAAGCUGCUGGCGUCCCUGGGUGAGAGGGAGGACAUCCCGCAGGUGGUGGUGUCCCCACCAGAAGAAGAGGAGCCACAACUGUGUGAGAGCUCCGCCCCGGAGGACCAGGCUAUGUUCGACCCCACCCACAGCCCCCUGCCCCUCGCCCCUCCUUUUGAAGGUCUGCUGGCAUCGCCUCAUUCAGCCCCAGGAAACUUGGACAGCAAACCGAGCGACAAACCAAGCGACAGCCGCAUAAGUGCAUCGGGGGUAAGCGUCCCAGGGUCUGGGGGCAGCCGUGAGAACAGCACCGUUGACUUCAGCAAGGUCGAUAUGAACUUCAUGAGGAAGAUCCCUCUGGGUGCAGAGGCAUCCAACGUGCUGGUGGGGGAGGCAGACUUCCUGGAGAGGCCCAUUGUCGCCUUCAUACGGCUCUCACCUGCUGUCCUCCUCACCGGCCUCACAGAAGUGCCUGUUCCUACGAGGUUCCUGUUUUUUCUGCUGGGGCCAUUUGGGAAGGGCUCCCAGUACCACGAAAUCGGACGCUCCAUCGCCACACUGAUGACAGACGAGAUUUUUCAUGAUGUGGCGUACAAAGCCAAAGAUAGGAACGACCUGCUCUCAGGGAUUGACGAGUUCCUGGACCAGGUGACUGUGCUGCCCCCCGGCGAGUGGGACCCCAGCAUCCGCAUCGAGCCCCCGAAGAAUGUGCCGUCCCAGGAGAAGAGGAAGAUGCCGACUUUGCCCAGUGGCUCCGCCCACCCAUCCGAUGGCAUCAAAGAGGUGGCGCAUCAUGCCGGGCCUGAGCUACAGAGGACGGGCCGGUUCUUCGGCGGUUUGGUGCUGGACGUGAAGAGAAAAGCUCCGUUUUACUGGAGUGAUGUGCGGGACGCUCUGAGUCUGCAGUGUCUCGCCUCCAUCCUGUUCCUCUACUGCGCCUGCAUGUCCCCUGUCAUCACGUUCGGCGGGCUGCUGGGUGAAGUCACCAAGAACAACAUCAGUGCCAUAGAGUCCCUGUUUGGAGCCUCGUUGACUGGCAUUGCCUAUUCACUUUUUGCCGGUCAACCCCUCACCAUCCUGGGCAGUACUGGGCCCGUUCUGGUCUUUGAGAAGAUUCUGUUUAAGUUCUGCAGUGACUACAGCCUCUCCUACCUCCCUUUGCGCACCAGUAUCGGACUGUGGACCGCUUUCUUGUGCAUCGUGCUGGUUGCCACGGACGCGAGUUCACUGGUGUGUUACUUCACACGGUUCACAGAGGAGGCGUUCGCUGCUCUCAUCUGCAUUAUCUUCAUCUACGAGGCCCUGGAGAAGCUCUUCUACCUGGCGGAGAUGUUCCCCAUCAACAUGCACAAUCACCUGGACAAUCUCACCUUCUACACGUGCCAGUGCUCUCCACCUGCCAACUACACCCCUGAGCUGACAUGGAAUGUGAGCGGCUACACCCCUGACUCGAUAAACUGGAGCGAGUUGGACGUAUCUACGUGUCGUAAGCUGCGUGGUGAGUUUGUGGGCGCGGCAUGCAGCCACCACGGCCCUUACAUCCCCGACGUACUCUUCUGGUCCGUCAUCCUCUUCUUCACAACCUUCUUCCUCUGCUCCUUCCUCAAGCAGUUUAAGACCAAGCGCUACUUCCCCACCAGGGUUCGCUCCACUAUCAGUGACUUUGCCGUAUUCCUCACCAUUAUGGUUAUGGUUCUGGUGGAUUACCUGGUGGGAAUCCCCUCUCCCAAACUCAACGUUCCUGACACCUUUGAGCCGACAGCGAAGGGCCGUGGCUGGUUGAUGAACCCGCUGGGCAGUAACCCCACCUGGACACUGUUUGCCGCUGCCAUCCCCGCCCUGCUCUGCACCAUCCUCAUCUUCAUGGACCAGCAGAUCUCUGCAGUCAUCAUCAACCGCAAGGAACACAAACUCAAGAAAGGCUGUGGGUACCACCUGGACCUGCUGCUGGUGGGAGUGAUGCUGGGUGUGUGCUCUCUCAUGGGGCUGCCCUGGUUCGUAGCUGCCACCGUGCUCUCCAUCACCCAUGUCAACAGCCUGAAGGUGGAGUCGGAAUGCUCCGCCCCCGGCGAGCAGCCCAAGUUCCUGGGCAUCCGUGAGCAACGGGUCACCGGCCUUAUGAUCUUCGUCCUUAUGGGCGUGUCUGUGUUCAUGACCUCUGUGCUCAAGUUCAUCCCCAUGCCUGUGCUUUAUGGUGUUUUUCUCUACAUGGGGGUCUCCUCCCUCAGGGGGAUCCAGUUCUUUGACCGGAUCAAGCUGUUUGGCAUGCCGGCUAAGCACCAGCCGGAUCUGAUCUACCUGCGCUAUGUGCCGCUGUGGAAGGUGCAUGUCUUCACCAUAGUGCAGCUCACCUGCCUCGUGCUCCUGUGGGUGAUCAAGGUGUCCGCAGCUGCCGUGGUCUUCCCCAUGAUGGUCCUAGCUCUGGUGUUUGUGCGGAAACUUCUAGAUUUCUGCUUUACGAAGCGGGAGCUGAGCUGGCUGGAUGACUUGAUGCCCGAAAGCAAGAAGAAGAAAGAGGAUGACAAGAAAAAGAAAGCAAAAGAGGAGGCUCAGCGCAUGCUGGAGAGUGAGCAGGGUAUGGAGUAUGACGCCGAGCAUCUCCUCAGCCUCAAAACCCUGAAAACCAGUUCUGACCCGUCUGUGGUAAACAUUACUGAUGAAAUGGCCAAAACCUCUGUUUGGAAAGCUGUUGCCAUGAACUCUGACAGUUCCAAAGUGCUGAAAGCUAGGGACAGGGAAAAGAGUGCCAACAUCCUGAUCACUGUGGAGGACGAAGACAGAGGGGGACAUAUGGACACGGAGACAUCGCUGUGAUGGCAGAGUGGAGACAGCUUGUGGCCUGGGGAGAGAGAGACAGACAGGCUCCCCAGAGACCAGUGAGAGAGACCAGUGUCAGGCUGACCCCAAAUCUGGGCAGAAAGCAGCAGGCCAUGUAGGACACCAGGAAAAAGCAACGGAGUCUUUUCACACCUUCUCCACUUAGGUUUUUUUUAAAUAUACGAACAAGUUUGCCUUUCACUUUAUUUUAAUAUGAAUCUAUUCAUGCUGUCAAAGGUGUUCUAUAAUGAGCUGACUUCUCACAUUUUAUUUUUAUCUGACAGUAGAUGUUAUUAAAAGGUAGCAAACCUUUAAGAAUAACAUGGAGUUCUCGUAAACUGCUCGUUCUGGUGUUUGCCCAAAGCUGGCUUUGCUUAGAUUGAGGGUCUGUGCACUCUUCAGUUGGAGCCAUUUCUGUUCAACACUGUUCAAAUGGAUUAAAACUUUAGUACUACAGAGAACAGUUUUAUAAACACAGUUUUGAGGUUUGAGGUACCAUAUCAUUGUGAACCAGUGUCAAAAGACAGCCAUGUCUGAAUAUAAAUAGUUUUUCUCUUUUUUAUUAUUAUUAUUAUUGUUGUUUUAUUUAUUUUUUAAGAAGUAUUUUAAAGAUUUUCUGUGUCUUGAGCAUUUGGACUGUACAAUGCCCUGUAAUUGUCCUAAGACAAUAUAGUGUCAUAUAGUGAUGUUUCGGACUGAUCAGUUUACUGAGCUGAGAAUGCACCAAGUUCACUUACUAGAAAAGUCAUCAAGACACUUAAACUGAAUGGUGUCUUCACUCUGAAAACACACCCGUUUGGCACAGGCUUUCAACAUUUGACGUUUCAGCACUUAAACGUGAAAUAUAUAUGUAUGAGCAAUGCUGUAAAUUCUCUGCUCUAGACACAAGUAGUAAGCAGUGCAGUGCUCUAGAAGAACAAUCUAUUACCUAGUUUACAUCCAGUGCAAGAUUUAGUGUAACUGGAUCAAGAAUUGUUUUAGCACUUUUUUUUUUUUUUACAGUUUGUUAAUCAUUUAAUUUAUUGUCAGUCAUGUAAUAGAAGCAGCAGGUUAUCAAGUUUGUAGCAGUCCUGUUCCUUCCCCUUACUUUCCUGUGUUAAACUGUGCACUUUAGCACCUGCUGCUGCGGCAUUGGGCCCCGGCUCGGCUGGAGCCCUCUACCACGUCCACUUAGAGCAGCCGCGCGAACCGUUGAGUUCCAGCGGAGGCUGCUCGCACCACCCGCUCCAACCUCUGCUGCCUCCCAUCCACCCUUAGCUGAUCAACCAAAUCAAGCCUUUGGUUCGUCACCUCUACCUUCAAGACUGAGUUUUCAGAGGUGGUUUUUUUUUUGGUUGUGGGUUUGUUUUUUUUGUUUUUUGUAAAUUGCUGAAAGUAUAUUUAGAAACAAUAACUACGAAAAUUGUGCCUGAUAUUUAUAAAAUCUGAGGAAUCACCUGUUUUGAAAUCUUAGUUUGAUACUAUGAGUAGUUUUGUGAGGUUAGAGAUAAGCAGGCCGCUCUUUUGGAACGUACGUAAAUUAUUCUUUAGAAAUUCUAAGUAGGUAUAAUUAUAAUUAGGAAGAAACCCGUUUGUAAGCAAGUUCUUAUCCUGGUUGCCCUUGUUCACUACUAUUUCUGUUGCAUUCAGCAUAAACAACAUAUUUUACAACUUUUUCACAUUUCCAUGAUCAAUCAGUAAUGAUUCUUUGGGUCCUAUAGCUACAGUGGGACUGCAUUCCCACUUGGCUGUUAAUCAGGUCUUCCCUUCCCAGAACAAGUAUAGCAGUAGUGGUGCUCAGAAUCCUUCAUCUCUUCACCUACCCACUGCAGCCUGGAAACCAUCAUACAGAAUACAUUUUCAUUUAGGACUGGUCAAGACAGGGACUUAAAGAAGACUUCAGAUAGAAGAGAGAUUACUGUUUUGAAACUGCACAAUGUACAUAUAUUAUUUAGUCAAAAGGAAAACAUGGAGCAAAUCUAUUUUUUGUACAUUUUCUGAAACUGUUAAAGCAAUAAAAGGUGACUGGUUUACAGUGA